UCAACAAUUCGAAGCCUCAAUCCGCCAAGAUGGUCGCAAUGUAUACUAUUGCCGGUCGCCAGGUUGGCUCUCACUGGCUUGCGAUGUUGACUCUUGGAACGCUCGGGGGUCUCAGUGCCAGUUUUAUGGGAGGAUCAGCCGCGAAGAAGACCCAAGGACCACCCAUCAAUGCCCAAAGUCCAGAUGAGGAGACCUUCAUCAAGGAAUUCCUGAAGAAUGCCGAAGCGGACGAGAAGAAGGGCAGCAGUGUGGAUGCUACGAAGAAGGAUGCAGGACGAUAGAGAGAUGGGCUAACACCCGGGGAAGUGGAUUCGAGAGUGGUUAGCAUUGGGACAACCUUUGCGUUGUACAUAUAUGAGGAGAUUAGAGUAACCACUGGUUGACCACGUUGUCCUAGGUUUCUCUCGAGGACCGGUGGCCCUUUUUGUCCCGGCAUCACUUAGACACAUGCUCUCUUACUUGGAUUUGUGGUUUUUAUUAGGAGACGGUUGCCAGUUGCCGAUUGUGGUCUUUGAUUGCCUUUUCGUAGGCCCUUUAUACUAAUAUGCUCGAGUUAGAACCGUUUAUGGUCGCGAAAGAUGCCACCCCUGUUGAUAUCAACUUUAAGAUACCACCGAGUACGAAAGCCC